UUCAUGUUCUUCUCCCUCGCGCUUCAGUUCACGCGUGCGUUCAUGUCCAGAAGCAGAAAUCAGGAAACAAUCAAACACAUCAAACGACGCUUUUCUCAUAACAGCAUGACAGACACAGAAGACUCCGAUCUGGAGGAAGGACCAGAUAUCAUGAGACACAAGACCAAGAUUGUGUAUCAGAGCCAGUUCCCUUAUAUCCACAUGGAGCCGCCAGAUGUCAUCUAUGAGAAGUGGACCAAGAUAAAGCCAGAGGUGAAGAAACAAGUGGGUCACAUGAUGCACGUGUCCGUGUUCUGGUGGCCCAUUCUGUUGAGACAACAGGACAAUCACCCCACCACCUUCUGGGCUGUAGAGAUGGGCUUCCUCGACUCAAAUGUUUCCAAUGAUCUGAGUUUGAAGCGGCUUCAGAAGAUUGAGAUUCUGGAAAGCAUCCUGGAGGCCAUGGAGAGAAGACUGUCUCACAGAGACAUGACAGCACAAGCCCGAGAUGUGGUGGCUCUAAACAGAUAUUUUACCAUGCAAGACGAUUGUUUGUUGGAAGCCAUCCAUUGGCUGGAGGACUCCGGAGUGCCGCUCAUCAGUAAGAAGCUUCUUGAACUGGGUUCAGUGGAGAUUCGGUACCGCACGCUCAGCUUCGUCUUCAGUGAAUAUGCUCGUUAUCUUCAGGUGAUGUCGUGCAGUAAAAAGAAAGCCAUCGAGGAGCUGCGCUUGGAACCGGACGCUUGGACUAUAUCAAAAAGUGAGGAAAUGAAGAAUAAAGGAAAUGAGCAGUUUCAGAAGAGGAAGUAUGAUCUGGCUCUGAAGUGCUACACCAAAGCCAUUAAAUACCACCCCAGCAACCACCUGCUGUACGGGAACAGAGCGCUCUGUUUCCUCCGCUCGGAGAAGUAUCUGAAAGCACUUGGUGACGGAAAGAGAGCCGUAAUAUUACAGCCAGACUGGGCGAAGGGUCAUUAUCGGUUCUGUGACGCUCUCUUCUGUCUCGGGGAGCAUCAGAAAGCGCUGGAAGCGAACAGACUCGCUCUGAGCGUGUGCACCGCAGACACGGAAGGACAGAAAGAUCUGCAGCAGCAGUUUGAGCGAUUCCACGCUGAACUUCAGGAGAGUCGAGCCGAGGGGAAGUCGAAGAAGAUGGAAUCAAAGAAAACGUCUAAUAAAUCCAGAGUGCACGCGGCCGGCGAUUCUUCAGGUCGACCGUCUGAAGCUGCGUCACAAUCUUCAGUUCUGGAGAAUCCGCAGGAAUGUGAAAACCGGAAAGAUCGGCAUGAAGUCACAGGAAACUCUCCAGCAGCACAAACACACGCUGAAGAAGCACCAGACAGACACAAAGACAUGAAGAGUGAAAUGACUCCACGGAAAAUCAAGAGGGCCGUGUCAAGCACUCCAGAUAAGCCGUGUGUCCGGAGUAAAGUCCCGCCUGCAGCAGAGAGACGAGUGACCGCGGCGAAGGUGGUCAGUGAUGCGGGACUGAGAGAACGCUUCUGUACGGCGGUUCAGGAUGGUCACGCGGCACUGAGCGACCAGCGCUGUCGAAACGCACAGCAGUCCUUCUCUCUCGCUCUCAGUAUACUGGACUCCAGCGGAACCACGGAACUGGGGUUCUCGGAGCUGGAUAGAUGUGUUCUCAUUUAUGGUUAUGCAACAGCGCUGCUGGAAAUCGGACAACCCGAGGAACUGGCUGAAGCUCAGAGAUUAUUCACCACAUUAGAGACUUCAGAAAGGAAGUUUCAGUCACUGAUGCAUUAUGGGAUGGGCAGAGUUUACCUGAAGGAGAACAGAUUUGCUAAAGCUCUCGAGCAGUUCUCUAACGCUCUACUGAUGAUUCAAAGACACAUCACACCUGGAAAACUCACCUGGCCAACAACUAAAGCCAUAGUGGAGGAAACACAACCGUCAUAUUUACAGGAACAUCUGGAGACGUUUAUAGAGAUCUGUACAUUUCCACCUAAAGCAGAUGCGAUCUGCCGCCAUCAACACUGUCGGAGCCAUUCUGUUGAAAUCUAUUUCAGUGAUCCAGACUUUAAAGGGUUCAUACAGAUGUCGUGUUGUCAGAGCUGUAAAGUGGAGUUUCACAUCAGCUGCUGGAAAAAACUCAAAACUGUUUCAUUCACGGAUAAGAAUGAAAAGGAUUUUCUAAAAGAUUUGUGUUUUACGCCGGACUGUCGGGGGCAAAUCUGUCACAUUGUAAUAUUUGGGCCGACGGGGCUCGUAAAGUGUGAGUUUGAAACAUCUAUUCCUAAAAUCAGACCUACUGGACGAAUGAGAAUCAAACAGCCGUGUACAAGUAUUAAGAAGUUGAAAUCUAAAACCGAUCGAAAGCUUCGGAGGAAACAACAGAAGUCGGCAGCACGAGUCGCUCAUGCAGAGAUAAAGGAAGUAACACCCGCAGCUGAAGACCAAACGACAGCGACACACACUGACUCUAUUUAUGUGGAUCAAGUUUUACAUCAAAUUCAUGAAAACAAAGAACUUUUUAAAGAAGAAUGUGUGAAUAUUUCUUGCGUGUUGGAGCGGCUGCGGCCGUGGCUGGAUCUGUACGAGAGUAAAGGACACGAGAGCGUGUUGAACAGCCGCUGUGAUGCGCGAGUCCUGACGGAGCUGGUGGAUCUUCUGCUGGAGUCUCAGAACCGCGUGUGGGCUCGAGUCUUUAUCGAGACGCUCGGAUCUUCACUUCAUAUCAAACACAAAUUACAGCAUUGGGCUCAGCGGCUGGAUAAAGCAGGUCUGACCGCGGCCGAGUCCUUCAUCAGUCGUCAUUGUUCUCAUCUGGACGAGUUGGACGUGUCGCCGCUGCUCGCGUUCGCACCUCUGCAGGAAACACUACUCGAGAAGUUCGGCACUGUUCAGGAAUUAUUUGACGGCGGCGGUUUUACUGUAAUGGAGUAUUUAAGACAAGCUCCUGCUAAAGAAAAGCGUCUAUUUAUUUGGACUCUAGAGUCGAAUCGAGAGCACUAUCACUCCUGUCACUUCAUUCUCCAUCAGUAUUUUGAAGACGACGCUGUUUGUUUAGUCCUUAAAAAGACGGAUGAUGACGAGCACAUAAAUACAGUAUUUAAGAGUAAAAACAGACAUCGAAAGAAAAACAAGAAGGAAUCAAAGUCAGUUAUUUUGCUGUCUGGAGUCAGAGCCGGACACUCCAGAGAUGAGGAUGAUGAUGAAGAUGAUCUGUUCUCUGAGGAAGAUUCUCUGAUGUUUCUGAGCGGCGCUGAUCCGUUCAGUGUUCCCGAUCACCUGCGCGGUCAGCUGGCAGAGUUUGAGCAGCAGUACGCCGGAUCAGCAGCAUACAGAAACCGUUAUGAGAGAAUUCUGGACAAUAACCCCGACCCCACCAAAGAGAGUUUAUAUGAUUAUUUCGCUCAGAUUCUGGAGGAGCACGGCCCUCUGUGCGCAUCAGAUCCUCUGAUGGUUGGCGAGUUGGAGAAUUUCCCCACGGAAGCGCAGCAGAAGAUCGCCGACGCUGGAGGACUGAAUCCGUUCCUGCUGGAAUCUCUGAGAUUCGUCAUGACGGACGAUCUGAUUGGUCUGAUGAAACACGCCGUGUCGCUCACAGACUCUUCUGUGAAUCCGUUUAACACACGAUUGGCGUCGCACCUGAAUCCUUCAGCUAAAGAGUUCUGGCCGCAAAUAGACGUUUUGACUGAUGGCGAGUCUCAGUAUAAUAAUGACAACAAAGACGACAGUGAUCUGUUCCUGCUUCUCCCUGAUCCGUACCCUUGUGAUGAUGUCAUCGCUGUAGAUGCGGCGGCUCAAGCGGAAGCGCUGCAGCUGUAUGAGACCGUUGGAGAUCCUCCGGUUCAUCGCUCUGAUAGUGACACCGAGUGCUCUGCGGGAGUCACACACACUGCUGAUAAACACACUGCUGAUAAACACACUUCUGUGCAGGCUUUUAACAGUAAAGAUGUUUCCAUCAACACGGAGCCGUAUGUUUCCUUUGAGAUAAACAAUGGCGACAUGACGCAGAAAGAAAAAGAGAACAUUGAACUGUUGAAGAAGAUCGAACAGAUGAAAGAUGAUCAUGACAUCACACAGCAGACGAGGAGAGAGCAGAUCAAAGAACUUCAGGAGGAGAUCGAGAACCUCACACACAGAUCACAGAUCGCCGGCACUGAACUCACCAUGUUCCAGCACAAACUGGAGGAGGAAGUGAAGAAAGACCAGCAGGAGAAGAGAGAGAACCAGGAGACACUGAAAACACUCAAGACAGAAAUCAAAGAUCUGACGGAUCUUCAGGACAGUCUCACUAAAGUCAUCCAUGAGAAGAAUAAAGAGUAUCAGACUGAACUCGACCGUUUCCUGGACGACAGUAAUCAGUGUGCAGCGGAGCGCAUGAGUCUAGAAGAUGAAAUCAAGAGACACAGAUUCGCGUGUGCGAGACACCUCAGGAGAUCCGUGACGGCGCAGCUGUCAGUCCUGCAGAGCAGACGAGAUCAGGUGCUGCGUCCGCUGCGCUCGUGUGUGUCUGAGGGGAAGAUGAUUGUCAAACACCUGACGGAGGCGUCGCUCAGUUCUUCUGCUCUUCUGCUGUCGGUGAUUAACGACUGGAAGAGAUUUGUGGGUGAUGCUGAAGAUAAAAUCAACAGAACUGAGAUGGAGUUUGAUAAACAGAUGAUUGAGGUGAAGAAGGGCACGAGACUGUGUUCACUGCCGCUCAUCUCUGCACCCCCCAUCCCCACCAAACCCGCCGUACCGCUUCCUGUUCCUCCUCAGUCUGGGUCACAGUUCACACAGCAGGCGAGUGGAUGCAGCACGCCCGCGGAGAGAACGCCUCCUGAAGAAUCUGUGAGCAGAGCAGCGAGUCAUCAGCACGCUUCAGCGCCGCAGCACGUGACGGUGUACGACAGAAUCCUGGAGCGACUCAACAUGAUGUUUCCUCAUUAUAACAGGCUGGUGUUGAAUAAGUUCAUUCAGGAGGUGCGUUCUGCAAACGGAGGCGCUCUGAACAUGCUGACGUAUGAUGAUGUCAUCAACAGAGUCGCGCAGCUCAUCCUGGACCAUCAGGAGAACACGCGUGAGCGCAUUAAUGUCAUGGGAGGUGAAAUGAGGGCUCAGGGUUCGACUCCGCCUCCAGCGCACGUAUGGAAGAACGUGUCAGAGAAACAUCGCAAUACUGCGCUCGCUUUGAAUAUUGAGGAUCCGUGUAUCAUCUGUCAUGAGGAGAUGAACUCUGAAGAUGUGUGUGUGCUGGAGUGCCGACACGGUUUCCACAGAAAGUGCAUAAAGUUAUGGCUGAAGGAGCAGAGCACAUGUCCCACCUGUCGAGAACACGCACUGUUACCGGAGGACUUCCCCAUGCUGCCCGGACGCCAUCGCAAGAGUCACACGCAAGCGGCCGCAUUAAACUGAAGAAAACACGCGGUCAUUCUCUUCCUGUCACUUUAAAUCAUCAGUCACACUGGACCAAAUAUAUAUAAUUAAUCAUCAUAUAUCAAUCAUUUAAAUGUCAUUAUAACUGCAGAUAUAUUCAGUGUUUCUACACGUGUGUAACGGACUAAUCAACCAUUUCUGAAAUAAACUUCAUUCACUGCA